GUAACAGGAAAACACAACUGUAACAGCAGCUCCCUAUGCUAUAACACCAAAGGAUCCUUCCGAUGUUUCUGCCCGCCAGGAUAUUUCGGCGUUAAUUGCACAGGUAAAUAUAAUGUACAUUGAAAUUGUAGAUAACCUCUGAUAAAAAACGCCGCUGUGUGAUCGGAUCUAUCAAAUGGUGAAAGCAUUGUCAUUAUCGUCAUCAUUGAUAUCGCGGUCAUUUCCCCUUUUUCGCUGAUAGCUAUUUUAAAGGAAAAAAAAUCAAACGCGAAAGGUUUGUGGAAUUUCUAAUGUUUCAAUUUGAUAGAAGCACAUGAAAUUUUCACAUGAUCUUUAAGGUCAAGUAAUACAGGCAACAUUUUCGCUUAACUUGUUGGGCAACAUUGUUACAUUCCAAGUUGAGAAGCGUUGUUGACCGUCGAGUUUAAGAGUGCAAAUUAACGGUACCAUCUUUGAAAUUAAACUGCCUGGUAUUCUGGGCCAUGGCUGUUUGUACGUUUGAUUUUGUGUUUAAAUUAGUAUAAUUUCAGUAGCUUUUAAUGUUGGUCUCAUUUCGGUGGCUGAACACCGACAAAAUAUGUCUUUAAACUUAGAGGUUGCAGUACAAUCGAUUCACGUGAAUUCUGUAUGUAAAAAAGCACCCCAUGUAUCCCCCCCCCCCCGCCCCCCCCCCUCCCCCAAUGGACAAUGGAGCUUUGCGUCUCUGAGUAAAGGGAAGUCUUUAUUUUACUGUCCUCUUAUUUUUAGCGCUGGAUUCAAAUAUAUUGAAAACAAAUUCAUCUUAUUUGUACCAUCUGGGAACAUUUCUGGAGCCUGCAGUUGGGUACAAUUCUCACUGGCUACUGUGCUGGCGGGCUACAUUGCACGGCUGGAAUGUCCGUACACAGUUUCACAGACGCUGCGAUGGAAAAAGAGACACAGUU